AAAAUUAAUGACCUACCCAAUACCCUUGCAACACAACUUGCAUCUCAUUUCUCAUCUCUCUCUCUCUCUCUUUCUCAAGAAACCCAGAUUCAACAGAGUUGAAUUGUUCUGGUCUUUUUCGUAAGCAUCUAGCUAAUAACACAUCAGUAAAUAAUGGAGAAUUCAUUGGGAAGCUACGAAAAAGAGCUUAAUCUGAAGGCCACUGAGCUGAGAUUGGGGUUGCCCGGUAGCGAUGAGCCUGAGAAACUUGCUACUGCUAGAAGCAACAAGAGAUCUUCGCCGGAAGCAAGUGACAAUGGUUCUGAUGUCACAAAAGAAGACAACGUUGUACCACCUGCAAAGGCACAAGUAGUGGGGUGGCCACCGAUUCGAUCUUACAGGAAGAAUAACGUACAGCAGAAGAAAGAAGAAGAAAGUGAAGGAAAUGGGAUGUACGUGAAAGUUAGCAUGGCGGGUGCACCUUAUUUGAGGAAGAUAGAUCUCAAGGUUUACAAAAGCUACCCUGAACUUCUCAAGGCCUUGGAAAAUAUGUUCAAGUGCAUAUUCGGAGAAUAUUCAGAAAGGGAAGGGUACAAUGGAUCUGAAUAUGCUCCAACUUAUGAAGACAAAGAUGGUGACUGGAUGCUGGUUGGAGAUGUUCCAUGGAACAUGUUCGUGUCAUCCUGCAAGAGGCUCAGAAUCAUGAAGGGAUCAGAAGCAAAGGGGUUGUUGGGUUGUUUUUGAGCCGAAAAUCAAAGCAGGAGCAUGCAUAUCCAUAGCCAACACAAAGGGAACUUCUUCUGUUUGGAAUAUGCAAGCAUGCAAUACCCUCUGUCAAUUCCCCCAUAUUUGGCUGAUUAAAAGAAGAGAUAUGCACAUACACAAAUUUCCUUUAUUUGUUUAUUUCAAACACUGUGACUUUCUUAAUUAAACUACACUGUUCCAAAUUCUCAUAGCCAUAACCCGAAUGGGAAACAGUGAUUAAAUGAGAAGAGAAUAAAACCAAAGCAGAUGCUAUUUAAUUGUAUACAGAAUAUAAAUACAUAUAUAAUUUUUCCUUCUGUUUGUUUACUUACAAUUACUAUAUAUAUACAUACGAAGGUCAAGAAGGUCGAAUUUCUUCU